AUGAAUGCCGCGCGAGCAUAUUACGCAGCAUCUACAUUAUCAAAUGGAUCGAUAUUAGUUGCUGGUGGAUCGAACGGUAGUAGUAAUUAUCUCAAUAGUGCUGAAUUGCACAAUCCAAUAACAGGUACUUGGACAACCACAGAAAACAUGAAUGUCGCACGAGAAUUUCAUACAGCAUCCACAUUAGCAGAUGGAAAAGUAUUAGUUAUGGGUGGGGACAACGGUCCUGUUCUCAAUAGUGCCGAGCUUUAUUAA